CGCGGUACGGAGCCAGCGUUACUCGACGAUCUCCAUUCGACGCUGGCGGCCGCUGCCGUGCCCGACCACCACACUCAGCACACGCUCACUCUCAUUCUUAAAGGUCUUGUCUUCACAACGAUUAUCCUCGGAGCAUUACUGGGCAACGCACUCGUCAUCAUCUCAGUCCAUCGGCACAGGAAACUUCGUGUCCUCACAAACUACUACGUCGUCAGCUUGGCAGUGGCUGAUAUGCUGGUCGCCCUCUGCGCUAUGACCUUCAACGCCAGCUCAGAACUGACUGACGACUGGCUUUUUGGUCCUUUAGUCUGCGACAUCUACAAUUCUUUAGAUGUCUAUUUCUCCAGCGCUUCUAUCCUUCACCUUUGUUGCAUAUCCGUCGAUAGAUACUACGCCAUCGUCAGGCCAUUAGAGUAUCCCGUCACUAUGACACAUAGAACAGUCUGUUUCAUGCUCGCAAAUGUUUGGCUCUGGCCUGCUUUCAUCAGCUUCGUCCCAAUCUUCAUGGGCUGGUACACGACAGAACACCAUAGACAAUACAGAAAAGCCCAUCCAGACGUCUGCAUAUUCAAAGUUAACAUGGUUUACGCUGUAAUAUCUUCAAGCGUUUCUUUUUGGAUACCUAGUGUCGUAAUGAUAUCGAUGUAUUGUAGGAUCUUUAGGGAAGCGAUAAGGCAGAGAGAAGCCUUGACAAGAACUUCUUCUAACAUUCUCCUGAAUUCAGUUCAUAUUAAGCAUACUUCGCAUUCAGCGCACCAUUCGCAUUACCUCCACCCAGAUAGGAGACCGUCGGAUAUAAGUCCAAAUUACAGUACUUUCACAGAGGUCGGUCCUGAGGAGACUGAAUUUGGUGGUGAGGUUGUGAUGUCUAUAGGUGAUAUUUGUCCUAGCAAGGAAGCUAGUCCGAGAAAGUCGGUAAAUGUGAGCUGCGAUACGGCAAGUUCUGGGUAUUGUUCUGGAGGAUCCAAUAAAAGAUCCUCGAGUGGACAGCCACCGUCUGGAUGGAGGCCCAGUUGUUCUUCAGCAGUGGCGUCCAGGGAUUUGGCGAAAGCUGCAACAGAGCUUAAUGCACAAGGUGCAACUCUCCGGGCUGCCGGUAAAUCUUGGCGGGCGGAGCACAAAGCGGCCAGGACCCUGGGCAUCAUAGUCGGGGCGUUUUUGCUCUGUUGGUUGCCAUUUUUCAUUUGGUACGUUACAACGAACGUGUGCGGGGAGCCUUGCGAGACGCCGUCAGUGGUCGUCGGAGUCCUAUUCUGGAUCGGAUACUUCAACUCGGCGCUCAACCCUUUAAUAUACGCGUAUUUCAACCGCGACUUUCGAGACGCGUUCAAAAACACGCUAAUGUGCGCGCUGCCUUGUUGUUUUAGCUGCUGGAAGGACACAGGCGCGGCACAUUUUGUGUAG